AUGAGCCGACAGCCACAGCCUCAGCUUUCGCGAACUUCGCGCUCCUCGUCCCUCCCGGUGUCACCAGCGACUUCGCCCAUGUCCCAGUAUGUGUCCCGCAUAGAUUCCAAGGGAGCAUUGGACAGCAGCAGCCCCGAAGCCAACACGGAAGAUGACAAGACCGAAGAGGACAUUCCUACACCCAAGAACUAUCUAUGGCUCACCAUUGUCGCAUGUUUUUGCCCAGCGUACCCAGUCAAUAUCGUGGCUUUGGUCUUCGCAAUCAUGUCUCAGAACAGCUACAAUGACGGAGACUACGAAGGAGCCAGGAGGCUGGGGCGGAAUGCCAAAUGGGUGGCCAUCGCCUCCAUCGUCAUUGGCCUGGUCAUCAUCGGUGUUUUCUGUGCGGUGCACUUCUCCAGGAACCCCUGAAGAGCCAGCACUCAGCGGGCAGCAUGGAGGACAGUCCUCAUCUGACACAUCCCAAGUUUCUGAGGAAUGGAUCCUCGAUUUCAGACUGUGAGAUCCUUCCCUCCAGGACUCUCCAGAGACAAGUCCCUGGCAAACGAACACCAAGUCCGGACGCAGGAAAUCAGAGCGGCACAGACAUGCCUACCAA